GGCGGCAGCCGCGCGAGAGAGACUUUGUGUUCCUCUGACCCUCGGGGCGCUUCCUCCCGUGCCGCCCUUCCCCUCCCCCGCCGCAUCCUUGCGAGGCGCCUCCCAUUCGGUGGGACCGACCCGGGGGGAUGGAGGGGGCACGCUCCUACAGCCCUCCUGGGACCCCGAAGAGACGCCCGCGUGCGACCUGAGACGCCGCCCUCGCCGAGGGCCCAUGGGCGCGUCCCCACGGGCGGGCAGCUGACGUGAGGGCGGCGAGCAGCGGGGCCGCGGCGUCCAGGAGGGCCGCGCUCGGGCUCGGCCCCGCGCAGGCCGCGCGCGCGCGCGCUCCCGCCGCAGCCCGGGCCGCGCCCGCCCCGCCUCUAGGCGCCGGCCCCGGAGCCCGGUCCGCGAGCAGCGGCGGCUGCCGGAGGGAUGAUGAGCUGCGCGGGGCGGGCGGGCCCUGCCCGGCUCGCCGCGCUCGCCCUGCUGACCUGCAGCCUGUGGCCGGCGCGGGCAGACAACGCGAGCCAGGAGUACUACACGGCGCUCAUCAACGUGACGGUGCAGGAGCCCGGCCGCGGCGCCCCGCUCACGUUCCGCAUCGACCGCGGGCGCUACGGGCUUGACUCCCCCAAGGCCGAGGUCCGCGGCCAGGUGCUGGCGCCGCUGCCCCUCCACGGAGUUGCUGAUCAUCUGGGCUGUGAUCCACAAACCCGGUUCUUUGUCCCUCCUAAUAUCAAACAGUGGAUUGCCUUGCUGCAGAGGGGAAACUGCACGUUUAAAGAGAAAAUAUCACGGGCCGCUUACCACAAUGCAGUUGCUGUAGUCAUCUACAAUAAUAAAUCCAAAGAGGAGCCAGUUACCAUGACUCACCCAGGCACUGGAGAUAUUAUUGCUGUCAUGAUAACGGAAUUGAGGGGUAAGGAUAUUUUGAGUUAUCUGGAGAAAAACAUCUCUGUACAAAUGACAAUAGCUGUUGGAACUCGAAUGCCACCGAAGAACUUCAGCCGUGGCUCUCUAGUCUUCGUGUCAAUAUCCUUUAUUGUUUUGAUGAUUAUUUCUUCAGCAUGGCUCAUAUUCUACUUCAUUCAGAAGAUCAGGUACACAAAUGCACGCGACAGGAACCAGCGUCGUCUAGGAGAUGCAGCCAAGAAAGCCAUCAGUAAAUUGACAACCAGGACAGUAAAGAAGGGUGACAAGGAAACUGACCCAGACUUUGAUCAUUGUGCAGUCUGCAUAGAGAGCUAUAAGCAGAAUGAUGUCGUCCGAAUUCUUCCCUGCAAGCAUGUUUUCCACAAAUCCUGCGUGGAUCCCUGGCUUAGUGAACAUUGUACCUGUCCUAUGUGCAAACUUAAUAUAUUGAAGGCCCUGGGAAUUGUGCCGAAUUUGCCAUGUACUGAUAACGUAGCAUUCGAUAUGGAAAGGCUCACCAGAACCCAAGCUGUUAACCGAAGGUCGGCCCUCGGCGACCUCGCCGGCGACAACUCCCUCGGCCUUGAGCCACUUCGAACUUCGGGGAUCUCGCCUCUUCCUCAGGACGGGGAGCUCACUCCGAGAACAGGAGAAAUCAACAUUGCAGUAACAAAAGAAUGGUUUAUUAUUGCCAGUUUUGGCCUCCUCAGUGCCCUCACACUCUGCUACAUGAUCAUCAGAGCCACAGCUAGCUUGAAUGCUAAUGAGGUAGAAUGGUUUUGAAGAAGAAAAAACCUGCUUUCUGACUGAUUUUGCCUUGAAGGAAAAAAGAACCUAUUUUUGUGCAUCAUUUACCAAUCAUGCCACACAAGCAUUUAUUUUUAGUACAUUUUAUUUUUUCAUAAAAUUGCUAAUGCCAAAGCUUUGUAUUAAAAUAAAUAAAUAAUAAAAUAAAA